AAAGUAGUUCUUCCAAGAUGGCUGCGCCCAUGUAAAACUGACACGAAUAUAAACAAAACUUUAAAUGAAUUUUGACUCUUCUAUGUGGUGUGUUCAAUGGAGCCAUAAGAACAUUCUAUCCAUGAGAGAAAGAUGAAAGACAGUCACAAAGUUCAUAAAUCAAUGAAACUAGUAUAUUUACAAUGUUAUUUUGUUACAAUUGCUACCAUUCUGGGGACGGGAAUCCUAGGGCUGCCAGUGACACUGACACAUGCUGGACUCUAUCCAUUUCUCAUUUCAUUUAUCCUUGGAGCUCUCGUGCAAGGCUUACUGAUCUAUUUCUUCACAGACCUGUUACAGAGAGCACAUGCUAUACAGUUAAAGUCACAUUGUGAAGACCCACACCCACUGAAUGAGGAGACAGAAUUUCUGAUGGACGAUGACUGGGAUGACAUGGCGGAUGAAUCAAGUGGUCCAGUUUUGGCAGGUCAUGUGAUAAUACCAAAGGACAUAAACAUACAGCCGCCAAAUUUACAUUUACUAGGGAACCUUUUUCUUGGCUGUGGUGUACGGCAGUUCUUCGACAUUAUACUGGUGCUUCAAUUCAUGGCGUUGCUUGUGAGUUAUGCCCUGGCCGGCAGUGAAGCUUACGGCUCUUUGAUAGGAAUAGACUACCGGUAUAUUAUACCAGUGUUUGUGUGGGUGUUGACCUUUUCUAUCGUGUUUGCCUUACAACUGAUACAACCUGUGGUUUCCAUUCUUACAUUCUUCAAAGGGAGCUUACUCCUGGGAACUGUGAGUAUUCAAGGGCCUGUAUUCAAUAAAAUUCUAUAUUUUACCCAGGUAAUGGCCCGUGCUUGA